AUGACUCUUUUCGAUCCCAUCCUUGGUCGUACCGCUGCCAACUUCACUCAUGCCCUUCCGAUCGAUUCGAUUUCUGGGAUCUUCGGUAAAGGAGGACGAGCCAUCAGAAGAUUCCUGGGGUCCAAGGCUGAGUUUCUCGACAAUCUGGACAAUCAUAUUGGUCGAGUGACAGCCAGAUGGAAAGACCAAGGCGUGUAUCUUGCUGUCACAAACAUUGCUGGUUUCUUUGAUUACGGAACGGACGAAAAUGCCAUGCGGCAAGCGUUCCUAAUCGAGCUUUCAUCAAAAACCGACAACUCGGGUUCUACUGCCACCAGCGACAUACCACGCACAGCAUCCACAGUCGACCAACAGGAUCCUCUCCAACCUACCAUCGCAGCAGGCGAAAUCGAUGAGCACCUUACCCAACUCGCCUCGCGCCGCACCUUUAAGAAUGCCAAACUCCUCUUCAACGAUACGUUUGCGCUUACCCUGCGCCGUCUCAGCGACAAGAACGUGCUUCCUCACGUACACAUGGCGCUCUGUUUCCUUUCGUCACUCGCUUCUUUUGGCUCCAGUACCUAUGUCCCAUCGCUCAACGACGACAUUCCCUGGGCCGACCUGGCCGCUUAUUUGAACGCUCUUUUGACAACCGAACAAAGCCAAUCAGCAGCGCUUGCCGGAAGCGAUACUGCUGACAUCAAUGCACUAGUAACUGCACCGUUAUUUCCAGCUGCCAAUGAACGCGAAGAUGAACUCCCGCUUCCAGAAGAUAAUCUGGUUAGGGGUCUCGUCUGGGUAGAAGACUACUUUCCCAAGACGUGGUUUGAGAGGAAGCCAGAUGAAGAGGAGCGUUACCUCGAGCUAGCAAGCACAGUCAAGAACUGUACCAAUCGCGUCUUCAGGUUGGGCUAUACACUCUCAAAGUACAAAUGA